CCUCCCCUCACUCCCUUUCCCCUUCCCCACCCCGCCCCGCCGGGAAAACGCGAGCCGUCGCCGCGCUCCCUAAACCGCUGCCUGCCUUCGGCCAACCGCCCCCAACGGCCGUCCCCUCGCUCCUCCCCUCUGGCUCCUCCGAGUGCCGCGGGCGCUCUCCUCCCGCUGCUUCACACUCUCCCACCUCGCGGGCACGCUGCUGCUGUGUGCCGCCAUGCCCCAGCCACGGGCUGCCCACGGGCCUAGGCGCAGCGGCCCGAGAUAGGGUCCCCUCAGUCUCCCGGGGGAGGAGAGAGGCAGCGAGCUGCGCGCUCCGCCCCCUCCCCCCGGGCUGUCGCCGCCGCCGCCGCCGCCACCUCGCCGCCUCAGCCUGGCGGGGCGGAGGAGGAGGAGCACCAGGCCUCCGGGCCCCGGCACCGCCGCCCGCAGGUCAUUUCUGAUUCAUUUGCAUCUUUGACGAGCAUCUGGAGAAGAGGAAAGAAAAGAUGGGUGUGAAAACAUUUACUCAUAGCUCCUCUUCCCACAGCCAGGAAAUGCUUGGAAAGCUAAAUAUGCUGCGAAAUGAUGGACAUUUUUGUGAUAUCACUAUUCGUGUCCAGGACAAAAUCUUCCGGGCACAUAAGGUGGUACUAGCAGCUUGCAGUGAUUUUUUUCGCACCAAACUUGUAGGCCAAGCAGAGGAUGAGAACAAGAAUGUGUUGGAUUUGCAUCAUGUUACAGUGACUGGCUUUAUACCCCUUUUAGAAUAUGCUUACACAGCCACUCUGUCAAUUAACACAGAAAAUAUCAUUGAUGUUCUAGCUGCAGCCAGCUAUAUGCAAAUGUUUAGUGUUGCUAGCACCUGCUCAGAAUUCAUGAAAUCAAGCAUUUUAUGGAAUACACCCAACAGCCAACCAGAAAAGGGUCUAGAUGCUGGACAAGAAAAUAACUCUAACUGCAAUUUUACUUCUCGAGAUGGAAGCAUUUCUCCAGUGUCUUCAGAGUGCAGUGUGGUAGAAAGAACCAUUCCUGUCUGCCGAGAAUCCCGGAGAAAGCGCAAAAGCUACAUUGUUAUGUCUCCUGAAAGCCCUGUAAAGUGUAGCACACAAACAAGUUCUCCCCAGGUAUUGAAUUCUUCAGCUUCCUACUCAGAAAAUAGAAAUCAACCAGUUGACUCUUCUUUAGCUUUUCCCUGGACUUUUCCUUUUGGAAUUGAUCGAAGGAUUCAGCCUGAUAAGGUUAAGCAGGCAGAAAAUGCUCGGACUUUAGAAUUACCUGGCCCAUCUGAGUCAGGUAGAAGAAUGGCUGAUUUUGUGACUUGUGAGAGCACAAAAACUACCUUGCCCUUGGGUACCGAAGAAGAUGUCCGGGUCAAAGUAGAAAGGUUAAGUGAUGAGGAGGUCCAUGAGGAAGUAUCCCAGCCUGUCAGUGCAUCUCAGAGUUCACUGAGUGAUCAGCAGACAGUGCCAGGAAGUGAACAAGUUCAAGAGGACCUGCUGAUAAGUCCACAGUCUUCCUCUAUAGGCUCAGUAGAUGAAGGCGUCACCGAAGGGUUACCUACACUUCAGAGCACUGCCAGCACUAACACUCAUGCAGAUGAUGAUGACCGAUUGGAAAAUGUUCAGUAUCCCUACCAACUCUACAUUGCUCCUUCUACCAGCAGUACAGAACGGCCAAGUCCAAAUGGUCCAGACAGACCUUUUCAGUGUCCAACUUGUGGGGUGCGAUUCACCCGUAUUCAGAACCUAAAACAGCACAUGCUCAUCCACUCAGGAAUUAAACCAUUUCAGUGUGACCGCUGUGGGAAAAAGUUCACCAGGGCUUACUCGCUAAAGAUGCAUCGCCUAAAGCAUGAAGGUAAACGCUGUUUCCGGUGCCAGAUAUGUAGUGCCACUUUCACUUCCUUCGGGGAAUAUAAACACCACAUGAGGGUUUCCCGGCACAUUAUCCGCAAGCCUCGGAUUUACGAGUGCAAAACAUGUGGCGCCAUGUUCACCAACUCUGGAAAUUUAAUCGUGCACCUGAGGAGUCUGAACCAUGAAGCGUCAGAGCUAGCAAACUACUUCCAGAGCAGUGAUUUCCUAGUACCGGACUACUUAAACCAGGAGCAAGAAGAGACCCUUGUUCAGUAUGAUCUUGGAGAACACAGUUUUGAAAGCAACUCCUCUGUUCAAAUGCCUGUAAUUUCACAGGUCUCCUCAACCCAGAAUUGUGAAAGCACUUUUCCCUUGGGGUCUCUUGGUGGGCUGGCAGAAAAGGAGGAAGAAAUGCCAGAGCAACCAAAGACCAGUGCUUGUGCCGAGGCUCCCGGAGGUGACCCCCCCAAAUCAGAGUUGUCUUCUGUAACUAUUGAGUAAUUUCAUGGUUUGGUUUCAUUUUUUGUUUUUGGAAAGUGCCUGUGCUUGGUCUUCUACAUUUAAAUUUUGUUCAAUUUUUUAAACAAAAAUGGGUUUGGGAAAGAAUUUCCCUUUUUUACUUUGUAAACCCUGCAACUGGUGUUUUAUUUUUCAUGACUGAGAGAUUGCUUCUGUAAGUGCACAAUAAACAUGAUAUUGAAUAAUAAUAGAAGCUAUAAGACUUAAGGAGAACCAGUUGACUUAAAACAUGUAUCAGUUUCUUCUUCCAUUCUUAAAAGUAGGCUAACCAACAGAUCAUUAGGUAAAGGAGAAAUCAGAUCAAUAUUGACCUUCUUGAGAUGAAACGGUACACCAGAAACAAAUUGCUAAAAAGAAUUUGACAAACGGCCCAAAUAGAUGUUUACUCCUAUACACAGGACAUUGUACAAUAUUUUGUAAAGCCUGUUGUUUUGGCAAGUAUUGAAGGUAAGCUUUCUUAAAAAUUAUUAGGGGUAAAUACUACUGAAAUCCAACAUACUCUUUUUUAAGCUUUAUCAUUUUUAUUCUGAUUUUUUUCAUAGUGGAAUUUUGAUAUUGGGUAGGCAGUCCCUGUAUCUUAUAGUACCACUCAUUCAAAUAAUCUUCUAUAAAAGAAGGCAGAGAACAGUGAUUGAGAAUAGUCAAGCUAUGCAUGCAGUGACCAGGAAUGGAGAAUGUAGUGUGUAAAUCCCAGCUUCAUAGGAAUUCUAAUACUGCUUUUCUAGCUGAAAUUGUUAUUUACCUCGUAUUUGAAUGUUAAUGCCUGGCUAAUUAGGUCACUGCCUAAAUCAGUUUUCCUCUUUCCCCAUCAACAAUACUUUCUCUUGCAUAUGCUGGCGUGAUACUAUAUAAAGGAAAAAUAUUGGAGAUAGUCUAUAUUUUAUAUGUAGGUUUAUGUAUUGUUGGGGAUGUUUUUAUUGUGCUGUUUUGGACAAAAUAAAGAAUUCUCUAUUAAGGCUACAUUCUUAACCCAACUAAGAUUGUUUACAAAAAUCCCAUAUGACAGUGACACAUUGUCCUUGUUCCAAAAUAUUUUUAGAUAUUGCCAAGUUUAUUAAAAGCAGUUCGUGUAGUUUUUACACAAUGUAAGCAAUAAUGUAAAAGAUGAGAAAAGGCUAUAAAAUGAUGAUCUCUGACUCAUAAAUCUGACUCAUAAAUAAGACUAAAGAAAAACUAAAAACCUUAAAUUAAUGAGUAUCACCUCUUUUGCUGCUAAAAAAUGAAACUUCCUUUUUUAGUUGAAAUUAAUGAUACUGUAAGCUGGAGUAUACUUUUCAUCUAGUGCCAUUUAUAGUAUCACUGGCUUUGAUCCUAAAUAUUCAUGAGUUCAUGAACAAUGAACUUUUGAGUAACUUUUCCUAUAUGUAUACCCAAAGUUUAAUAAUAAUGAAAGCACCUGAUUCAAUCAGAAAAAAGAAAUAAAAUAUACUUUCUUAUUCAACACACGAUCUGAAUUUUGUUCAGGUGCUAGACCUUAAUAAUAAAAUAUAUUUUUAGGUUUUAAUGAUUUAAUUGUUUCACUUUUUUAAAUAUGCUAAUUCUGUAAUUUAUUUUACCUCCCAUAAAUAUAAAGGAAAGGAAAGUAAACUCAUUGAGAAUUUUUUUAGGUUAAUGUUCUUUAUAUCUCUUUCCAUAUUCUGCUGUCUUUAACUUGUUUCCAACUCCUAGUAUCUCAUUGAUGAUCCCGUUUUUACCCCCUUGCUCUCAAACAUACGGAUAUUACCUUCAGGAAAGUCAACAUAUACAGGUUAUGAUGGGUUUCCACCAUUUAUGCAUCUUUACUAAUAGGGGUGAAUUACUUUCUGCAACAGACUGGUACUUGCUUAGUAAUGGUACUGCUGUGUCUCAACUAGAAAGGUCAGGAAUUUUUAAUGUCAUAUAUACUCUUUGAAAACUAUUAUGCCUACCGGUAGAUAAAUGUCAAAGUUAAUUUAAAAUCUUAUGUGGACAAGACAAAGAAUAGGCAAAAUUAUGACCAGCAAUUGUUGUUGCCCUCAGGUCUAAGAGUUACUAAAAAAAGAAGAAAAAGGAAGGAAGAAAAUAAGGAAAGAAAUAGGGAUAAAGAAAUGCAUUAGAAGCAUUUGGGGGUUUGCUGGUUGGAAGUGUUCAGCACAUCUCCUGUCCUGAGACCUCUACGUUAAGAGAGCCCUGCACAGUUUUGGCAGCUCUGAGGUGUUCUGUGUUUUCAGAAUAUAGAAUUACCACCACUGGCUAUUCUUUCCCAAAUGGGAACUUUAGAUGUUCAUUGGUAAUUACAAAUUGCACAGAUUUCCAAGUUUUAUGAAAAAUUUAAAUAUACUACUGUGAAAAUACAUACUUGGUUAGUUGUCUACUCCCCAUAUCUUAUCAAUACAGUUAACUAAUAUCUAACAUAACACAAUAUAAACAAAGGCCUCCUUUUUUCUGUUUCAAGGAGGCUCUGAUUUUUCUUGAUACACUGUUCAAGGAUAUUUAGCUUACAGAUCUGUUUUAGGAAACUAAGCUGCAAGGGAUAACUGUAUAUAGUGUUAUUUAGAUUUGUUUAAAGUUCAUCCAAGAAAGGGAUGUUUGGAUAUAUUCUUUUUACCAGAAUAUAUGGAAAACAUUGCAAAGAGAUGAAAGGCAGUUAUAUUAUCUCAUUCAUUAGAAACUACCAGUAUAACUAAACAUUAAAAAUUCCAGGUUAAAAUACUUAAGCAUAGCUGUCUUAAGUCCCAUUAGGGUAACUGUGAUAUUUAAGGGCUUAAAUUUUAGGAUACAGGAUAAAUUGCCUUUUUAAAACCAAGUAUUUUAUAUAAAAAAAUUAUUUAUUUUCAAUUUUUAAGCUACCAAAUAGGUGUGAUAUACUUUAGAAAUGAGCAGAUAUUUGCCGUGAUACUGGAUAUACAGUUCUUGCAGUCUUUCUUUGCAUUUUUGAGGGCGUAUUCUAACAGUGGGAGCCUCUAGCAUAUCAGUGAUCGAUCGCACUAAUUCAGAAACAAAGGGAUUAAUAUUGGUUAUGUUUUUGAAUUUUAAGUUUUCUAUAAAGGGAAGUAGAUGGAGUUUGUCACCCACCAAUAUAUUUAAAUGGAUUUUGCUUAAUUUGAAUUUCAAGUAAUCUUAAUUUUUAUUUCAAAUAAUUAGUUAUACAUUUAGUACAUUACCAAAAUUCUCAAAUUCAGUGAGACAAGGUGUACUAAAAUGUUUAAAUAGCCUCAUUCAGUCUUACAUUUUAACAUUUCAGCAACCAUUCUGGCUUACAAUAAUUUGGUUCCAUGUUAUGACAUAUGCCCUUUGGCUUUAAAAACAAACAAAAAAGCUUCCAUUUUGUUAAACUAUUUUAUCAAAUGGAAUGGACUAGUCAGCACAUCUAAUGUACUUCUCAUCAGUAACUCUCUUACCUUCUAACUACUGAGCCAGUCUCUCCCAUGUAUAAGUGGUUCCCUGAGAGCCUUUGAAAGUCAUAUUAUUCUUUCAGUCUUUUAUCUCUUAUUAUUUUUUAUUCUUGUACUUACCUUUUUCUAAAUAGAGGCCACUUACCUAGUUUAGUGGCUUUUAGUUUAAAGAUUCUCAGAUCAUUUUUUAGUGUAUUUUAACUUUAUAGUCCCAGAAAAGUACAUUAUUGUAUGGUAAUUUGUACUAGUGUACCACAUGGAGCGAAUUAUUCUUAUUACUUGAUGAAUGAACAGUCCUAAAAUUGUAAUAUUUAGCUGAAAGGAGUUUGAGAUUUGAGGAAUUGAUAAAGAGAAAUAGAUACUUCCAUGCAGAUACUUAUUCUAUUUUCACUCAUCUGCGAAAUGUGAAGUUAUAACUCUGAAAUCUACAUCCAAGUGAGGGAGAAUGUUUUCUAGAUGUUAAUAUUAAUUGGGGCGGGGGACUGUAAAGUUUGCUUUGGAAGUGACCCAAAGUUGCUAAAAGGUGGUUUUUUCACUGUAAGUUAUUGACAUAAGAUACUUUAUUUAUAAUAUAUUUAGAUUUUGAAAGUUACUGAGAGGAGAAUAUAUAGAAACUUAAUUUUCUUUUCUGAAGCAGUGAAACAAAAUUGGAGGAAGCUCUGUUAUAGUAAACAUCUAUGAGGAAUAUUUAUAGCUAAACAUAGUCCUACAGGCUUUAAGCUAAAAUUGUCAAAAUUUAAAUUAAGUCAUUCCUUGUUUUGCCUAUACCAAUUUUUAUCUUUCAGUCGCUUGACAGAAUGUCGUGACAAUAGAGUAUAUUUUUAUUUGGAAAGUCCUCAGCAAGACACUAUUGCCAAAAGCAAUAAUGGUUCAGAUUAAACAAUGAAGUGGAAUUGAACCAAUUUCUAGGUUCAACUAAGGAACAGACACUCUAUGGAUAUUUCCUUUUUAGAUUAUAAAUAUGUUGAGAUUUAUUAAUGGGGAGUUAAGUCUAUGUCAGAUUAUGGGAUGAAGACUCUUGGUGACAUCAUAGUUGUACUUCAUACUAAACUAACACAGAUAUUUCACUAUGUCAUAAUGAUUAUAUUUUUAUGAUAGAAAAAAGUAGUAGAUCCAUGUCUUUACAAAUAGUCUCUGCAGAGAUGUCAGGCGAUGUUAUUGGAAUCUCAGUGUGGCAGUACCUGAAAAUGAGACUGCCUUAGUUCUAUUUUAAUUAAGUAAGCUCCCUCUGUAUAGGACGCAGGCCAGUUCCAACUAAUACCAAGGUUACUGUUUACAUAAUAGUUUACAAAGAAUUUAAGAAUUCUGACCAUUGAUAGAAAACAAAAACUUAAAAAAAUUUUUUUUAAAACUCAAUUUUUUAAUUUCAGUUUGAAGUGCCUGGUUUAUAAAAUCAAAUUCUUUGAUUAUUUCCUUUCUCUUUUCAAUUGACUGAUUUUGCUGAUUAAGCUGAUUUUGCUAAUUAAGCCAACUUUGCUAAUUAAGCCCUGGGCUCAGUUGUGAUGAUUUAUUGAUAAAAUUUCUGCUUGAUGGUUUGAGGGGCUACAUUUUCAUGACUUGAUUAAAUUGUCCUUGUUUUCCCAAAUGUCGUCUAACCAUAUCCACAUUUCAUUUUUCAAUUAAACAAGUUAAAAAAUCUUCCUGUAAAUGAAAUUCAGGAUACCAAAGUAUAUCACUUACUGAGGAAGGGUAAAUCUUCCCUACGUUAAGAGUAGCCGGUCACCUCUUAACAUAUGUUUCCCUCGGUAUUAGUGGGGCUGUAUUCAUUUAAAGAUGGGAAGCCUUUCGUGCAGUUCCUAGAAACACCUGUUUUCUAGAGGGAACCUUUUCUAUGAUUAGCUUAUAAGUGUGUUUUCUCUAAGAGUUUUCUUUUAUUUCAGUUAUCAAUUGAAUUUUCCAGUUGACAAAAGCUAUGUAAGUCUCUCAUACUGAGAGUAGUCCAUUAAGUUACUGGAAGUUGCACUGUUUUUCAUCUUUCAGGUGCCUGAAAUGAAUGCCAUCAGGUAUUUGGAAGGAGUCCGGUCAUUAAACUUAAUUCAUUUUCUUCCUUGUACAAAGUGAUGGCUUCGAAUGCCUAUAUUUCAAGAUAUUUUUAAAAAACAGCAGUCCUUAAAAGGGUAAAAUUUGGUUUUCAAUCCAAGUUCCAAUAAUAUAUUUGAUUUUUCUGUUGUUACUGAUGCCUCCUGUUGCAUCAGCUCGAGAUUGCCUGCCUCUUUGUAGGGCACACUGAUGGCACCUUAUGUCCAGUUGGAGGGUAGUAUGUGGCUUCUUUGUGCCUCUGCUAUCUUUUCAAAAGCCAUUUUAUAAAAACCCUAUGUAGCCUAUUUUAAUAUUUAAAUAUAUAUAUUUGUGAGAGAUACUUUUAGAACAGACUUCUGUUUUUUCACUUUAAAAUUCCUGUAUUCCCAUUUUUAAGAGUAAAUUUAAACUUUCCAGGAUUAGGACAUGUCUUUUUCCACCACAACAUAAUGAGAAAGUCAGAUUGAGAUAAUAGACCAUAAUUCAGCGAUAGAAGAAAUUGGUGUCGGGUUAAAGGAGACAAAUGUGAAGGAAAUAAAAUGUUUUGAUGUAACAGAAAUGAAUUUUUAAAUAAAAUUGUGUUUUUGUUUGUGUAAUUUCAUAUUUGCUGCUACAUUAGCUCAGUAUUUUACAGAGCUAACAUAUAAAUCUGGCUCCAUUUAAAAUCUGGAGUACUUUCUAGUACAACCAGCCUAGGAGGAAACUGCACCACAGUCUUCCCGAUGAGUGACUGCUUUGUUUAUCUGAUGCAUGCUUUAAUAUUUCCCUAUAGCCCAACAUCAAAGACGUUUGGGGGAAACUUUUGUACCUUGCUAGUUAUAGCAUUAUGAUUCUUUUGGGGCACUGGCAUUUUGUGAAACCCUUGGGGGUGGGUAAUGCUGGGGAGGAAAUGUGAAUUAAAUUAUGUAGAUGGGUGUUUUUAUGUCUUCUACCCCUCACCUAGAAACAGUACUAUUCUCUUAACUGUGCCAGUCCCCAAUUCACCAGCUUUGUAUCCAGUUGUCAUCUCAUUCAAGUAUGGCUUUAUUUGGUGACAGUGGCCAUAGCUAAAUUACUUGGCAUGUUUGACUUUAAAACAAUCACAAAAAUGGUUUUGGAUUUUGUUUUGUUUUAUUUCAUAAAAAUGUAUACAAUGUCAGAACUUCACAUUUUAUAUACUAGUAUCUGGCUAUUAGUAUUUUACAGGAACCAUAGUUCUUGAUGACUACAUAUAUAUAUUCAUAUAUAUAUUUUUGUGACUUUUUUUGUAAACUAAGUGCCGUUUGAACGUUACAAUCAUUUUUAGAGUUAUUGUAAUCAAUGUGAAUACCAUGUUUUUUCAAAUCUGUUCUGAGCCUAUAGUGUUUGCUUUGUGAACAUAUGUGUAUUGUAUAUAUUCUGUAUAGCUACAUUGUACUGAAAUAUUAGCUUGUUUGAUAUAAGGAAAGUAUGUAUUGAGUACCUUUUUGCUAGCCUGGUUGUUUAAUCUUUUUUAAAAAGGUUUAAACUUUUUAAAAAAAUAUCUUUAAACUGGCCUUUAUUACAUGGUCACAAAUAAAGUUACAGUUAGAAGGGAUGGGCAGGGAAAAACUAGUUUUGAGUGUCUUUGAAUAGAAACAAACAUAAGACUAAGAUAUGGAUUUUUUUCCUCAUUAAAAUAUCUUAAUGCUUUAUGGAAUAAAACUUCCUGCUGUUA